AUGCUUCUGAGAAUCCAGCCGCACGAUGAACGAUGGGAUGUUCACUACUUGCUUCCUUUUGAAAAGUCGCGGUUGGACCAGGAGUUGAAAUUAAUUGGUGAAUAUGGUCUGCGUAACAAGCGCAAGGUUUGGCGGGUGAAGUUCGCCCUUGCAAAGAUCCGUAAGGCUACCAGAGAACUGCUUACUCUAGAUGAGAAAGAUCCUAAACGACUGGUGCGUAUUGGUGUGUUGGAUGAGGGGAAGAUGAAGCUUGAUUACAUUCUGGGCUUAAAAAUUGAAGAUUUCUUGGAAAGGCGUCUCCAAACACAGGUCUUCAAGUUAGGUUUGGUAAAGUCCAUUCACCAUGCUCAUGUCCUCAUCAGACAGAGGCAUAUCCGUGUUCGCAAGCAAGUAGUGAACAUCCCAUCGUUCAUCGUGCGGCUGGAUUCUCAGAAGCAUAUAGACUUCUCCCUACAUUCACCUUACGGUGGUCGACACACCCAACUUCUGGGAAGGGCACAGGCGCCAGGCUCUAGUAAACUGGAGCUUGGAAACACAGGAGUCCUUCCUGUGGUAGUAUGGCGUCUGGUAACAAACUAUGCUCAGCAGCAGCCAGGCAAACAGAAGCAGGGUCAGGAUCAAGUUCAAGGUCAGGAGAUGGAAUCAGGGUCAGAAGUCCAAGCCAAGGAUGGUAAGACAAGAGAGCAGCAGACAUAA